AUGUUGAAUGAGCAAGUGCCAAACUACACGUUGUGGUUGUCUAAAGGAAAAAAUCCUAUGGGAAAGAGAUAUACUGGCUUUGCAAGUGCUAAGGACCAAAAUCCUAUUGUUGGAGAUGUCGGAUACUAUGGAUCAAUAGAUGAAAUAGUUGAAAUUGAUUAUUGGGGCUAUUUUAGUGCUGUAUUAUUUUGGGAUGUUUGGUUUCAAGUUGAGAGAGAUGAAGAUGGGCUUACUUUUGUAAACUUUAACAAGUCAUAUCCUAUUGUAGAAGGCCUUCAUUAUGUUAUGAAAAAGGUUCCUAGAGAUUUAUUUGACCUUCAACAAUCCAACUAUUCGACAAUUCAAGAUGCUUUCCGGGGAGAACAUAAUGACUUUAACAAUAUUAUGUGUGCUAUAUGUGAUGACGGCCCUAUUAGAUGGGCUAGAGAAGAUGCACCUACCGAAACUCUACAUGUGCCUUCAUAUAUCUUAGAAGCUCAACAAACAAAUGUUGUAGUAGAAGAGGAUUCUGAUAUAGAUGAUACUGAUUGGGAUUGGAUGGAUGAUACUAAUUAG